UCUCUGACGCCUUCCAGUCGUCAGAACCAGGUGAAGGAUCAGGCCCAGCAGGCUCUGGUGUCCCCCGCCCAGCUCCCAGAAGAGGCAGAGUGUCUCACCGUCCCCAAGUACAAGAGAGACCUCGUUCAGAAACUCAAGAUCCUGCGUCAGGAGCUGUCCCAGCAGCAGCCUCAGGCUGGCCACUGUCGGAUCGAGGUGUCCCGUGAGGAGAUCUUUGAGGAAUCAUAUCGGCAGGUGAUGAAGAUGAGGCCUAAGGACCUAUGGAAACGGUUGAUGGUGAAGUUCAGAGGUGAAGAAGGCCUCGACUACGGAGGAGUGGCCAGGGAGUGGCUCUAUCUGCUGUCACACGAGAUGCUGAACCCUUACUACGGCCUCUUCCAGUACUCCCGCGAUGACAUCUACACGCUGCAGAUCAACCCAGAUUCUGCUGUAAAUCCUGAGCAUUUGUCAUACUUUCACUUCGUAGGCCGCAUCAUGGGGAUGGCUGUGUUCCACGGCCACUACAUUGACGGGGGUUUCACUUUGCCCUUCUACAAACAGCUGCUGGGGAAACCCAUCACCCUGGACGACAUGGAGUCCGUCGAUCCCGACCUGCACAACAGCUUGGUUUGGAUCCUGGACAACGACAUUACAGGUGUGCUGGACCACACCUUCUGUGUAGAGCACAACGCAUACGGAGAAAUCAUCCAGCAUGAGCUGAAGCCCAACGGUAAAAGCAUCCCCGUCACACAGGAUAGCAAGAAGGAGUACGUCCGCCUCUACGUCAACUGGCGCUUCCUGCGAGGCAUUGAAGCCCAGUUCCUGGCCCUGCAGAAGGGCUUCAAUGAGGUCAUCCCUCAACAUCUGCUCAAAGCUUUCGAUGAAAAGGAGCUCGAGCUGAUCGUAUGCGGGCUGGGUAAGAUCGACAUCAACGACUGGAAGUCCAACACGCGGCUGAAGCAUUGCACUCCGGACACCCACAUCGUUAAAUGGUUCUGGAAGGCUGUGGAGUCUUUCGAUGAAGAGCGCAGAGCCCGGCUGUUGCAGUUUGUCACAGGUUCCUCCAGAGUUCCUCUGCAAGGUUUUAAGGCUCUUCAAGGUGCUGCUGGACCUCGACUCUUCACUAUACACCAGAUCGACGCCAGCACCAACAACCUGCCCAAAGCCCACACCUGGUGA